CCCCCCAGCCAGCAAGACCCAAGAGACUUCAUCCCAUGCACCCAAUUUGGAAGUUGUGUGUGUUGUUUCCGGUGGUCUUUCCUCCUCCUGUGGAUUCGGAUCAGUAGAGGAGAAGAGACCCAGCUUUUCAAUUCGCACGCACUUACACACACCCACACACACUUCUUUGCAGGGCACUCAAACUGGUGGGGAGCUUCCUCUGUCCAUCAGUAGAUGGAGCUGCCGUUUUGCUCUCCCGGUGGAAACCCGCAGGGCUGCUGAGUAGCCCCCCAAAUCGAAAAUUCGGACUCGCAGGUUUUAUUCAAAGGCGCCUGCUUCGUGAGAGAGCUGCAGUCCCUGGAGGGGUGUUAAAGUAAGAUAGGAUUAAAAUUGGGGUGGGGAAGCCCGCCCUCUCUCCUUUGGAUCUUACUCUAAAGGAAAGAAACGUAAUUGUCGGGAAACCUUUUCCCUGGCUGCGUUUCCAACGAAUUCUGUCGAAAUAAUUGGAGCAAAGAGCAAAUUGGAGCAACUGGGACGAUGCCUUCUGUUUUUAUUUCCUUCUGCAUCCUGGUCUGGCUCUCUCUCCCUCCCUCAUCUCCACUUUUAUCUUUGUCUGUCCUCUCCUCUUUCCCCCUUGGGAACAGGAAGGCGGCUGGACCACCGGGUGCCUCCCUACCGUGCCUCCCCCCCCUCCAUCCGCUGCUGGCAAGCCGGGCGGGGCCAACGAGGUGGAGCGAAGAGGGAGGUUGGCAGGCAGGCAGCUGGCCAGUCGAAUAGCUGCCUGUUCCACAGCUGGUGCCCCGUUGCGGCUGCUUGCAGCUCCUCGCUUGGCUUGCCAGCAUGGCCUCCUUUGCCCCGGGGGCUGCCACUCAGGAGCUGCUUCUGCCCCUGCAAGAUUUGGAGAGGGCUCAGCUUUUCGCUGUCAUCCACUGGAUCCAAGCUGUCACGGCUACUUUGAGCAUCAUGGGGUCGAGCUCAGUUAUCGGCUACACCGUAUUCCAGAACACGGCCAGAUCCCCCGAGAUCUUCUACGUCGCCUCUUUUCUGUACACCGUUAAUUAUACCUGGCAGCUCUACACGGAUUUGAGAGGGAAAUUCAACCAGCACUUACAUAGCCAGAUGCCACAGCCUCGUCCCCAUCUUCCUGAUGGCUCCUGUUUUGGGGCUGGGCAACCACUUCCAGUGUCCUCAGAACGUCACCGCAGAACAUGGAUGCCUCCUGUUGCACACGGGAAACAUGCUCAGCACCGGAUCGUCCCAGCACGUCACCUGCGCCGUUUUGUGUUUGUACAGCACCGGAGUGUUCCUGGUCUCGUUUAUGCUCAGCUUCCUGGCAAUUCUGACCCUGCUCAUCCGAGCCAGGAUGCUGUACAAGCGGUUUGUGAACUCUAUGGGUUACGUCGGCGAUCAACAGUGGGAGAUGUUGAAGGUGGUCGAGCAGGCUGUGGUCCUGUACCCCGUGGUGUUUUUCUGCUGCUGGGGGCCAGCCUUUAUCCUCGGCAUCGUCAAGCUGGCACGUAUGGACAAUGCCAGUGUUUACAUGGCCCUUUAUGUUCUAGAGGCCCUGACCGCGUCUUCCCAGGGGUUCCUGAACUGCGUGGUUUACGGCUGGACCCAGCACAUGUUCCACUGUGUGAAACGCAAGGCUUGCCGUGAUGUCAACACCCAGACGCCCCUCCUGCGUUCCCAGAAGAGGUUCUACGCCAGCACCCUCCCGGCCCGUUCCCAGGCGGUGGCUAAGCCCUCCUCUCCCGCCACAACCACCGUGUUGUGAACGGGAGACACGGAGCGUGUGAAACUCUCUUCUUGCUCACAUUGAGAAGUGCGGCCGCCAAAACAGAUCGAAGGCAGAUGUGUGACAUUAAAGAGCUGCCUUAGAAGGGCUGCAAGAGAAUUCAAGUGCCAUUGGACGGGAAGAAACCGAAGGAGUCCUUAGAUUUAAAUCGUCACUAUUUAUUUGAGGGAAAUCAAACAUUGGGGAGGGUGGAGAGGACUGCAUUUUUAGACUGCAUCGCAUUCCCCCCCCCCAUGAGAGAAAGUUUCCCCAGGGAUACAGCAUCACUGAGAACUUGGAAUGUGUGGUGCCACCACCUUGGGAAUUACCCUUUCAUUUCAGUCCUGCUGGUGGAAUAUUUUACAACUUUCCUGCCAAACAGUAAAACGUACAAGGGUGUGGAUGGAUUUCUGUUCCUUUUGAUUCCAGGAUGGCCAGAAAGCACACCUUCCUUAUCUUACUACUGUUUUAACACCUCCAAAAAAAAUUAUAAUGGGAUCCCAGCGGAUCCCAAUGUCACGGCUCCCCCACCCUCCAAAACUCCCGUCAAAACUGAAAAAACAGUUCUAUCUCCCAGGAAUCCUUUUCAAUCCGCCCUAAGAUCCCUUCACCCUCCUUGCAGAGAUGGCUACGCUGAGCAGAUGAUCUUAACCAGCAUUCUAAGAUGAGAUCUUAUUUCAGGGAAUCUUGUGGGGAGUCUCAACAUCUUGCCGGAGGCCGUCUCAU